UUCUUAUGAUAGUUUUGACGUCAGCAACCUGCAAUUGAGCGAAUGAACUGUGAGAAAGGACCGAGCCCUUUGCCGGAACUACCGGGAGGCAGUAGCAGAGAAGACCGAGUGAGUCGCCCGCCGCGGAGGAGCCAAUAACCGAGGAAAGGUCCACAGUGAGGAGCCGCCGCCGCCGCCGUGUGAAGCGAACGAUGCUGCUGCUGCUCACCGCCCUGUAACACACACACACACUCACACACACACUGAAGGAAACCACCGAGAAGGACCGUUAUCGACAGAACACAGACGGACGGACGGACAGUACCGAGACCACGCCACAGAAACAAAGUGCCACAGCUGCGGAGGAAGGAGACCACACUGUGUUGUCUUUUUCCACAGCGAGCGGAACCUUUUGAUUUAUUUAAAUGCUUUAACGGUGCCGUUUCCCCGGCGUGAGAGAGCGAGACAGAGAGGGAGCUGCCCAGAGAGAGAGAGAGAGCGCGAGAGAGACUGAAGGAUUAAAAAAAGAGAAGGAAAUAAACUCAAUUACAUCAAAAAAGAAAAGGGAAGAAAAAAAGGAUUUGCAAAUUCUCUUCAAUUAAGUCCACCAUUUUUAUUGCACGCCUUCCCCCUUUCCUCGUCGCUGCCGUGGAUCCUGGUACCAGUACCGCCAUCAAGCUGUGUUCUCUAACCAUGGGAUGUACUCUGAGCGCAGAGGAGAGGGCGGCUCUGGACCGGAGCAAAGCCAUCGAGAAGAACCUGAAGGAGGACGGCCUCACUGCGGCCAAAGAUGUUAAGCUGCUGCUGCUCGGGGCUGGAGAGUCAGGGAAAAGCACCAUCGUCAAACAGAUGAAGAUCAUCCACGAGGACGGCUUCUCUGGUGAUGACGUUAAGCAGUACAAGCCUGUUGUUUACAGCAACACUAUCCAAUCUCUGGCUGCCAUCGUCCGUGCCAUGGAUACACUGGGGCUGGAGUAUGGAGACAAGGAACGCAAGGCGGAUGCUAAGAUGGUGUGUGAUGUCGUCAGUCGCAUGGAAGACACGGAGCCUUACUCCGCCGAGCUGCUUUCUGCCAUGAUGCGUCUGUGGUCUGACUCCGGUAUCCAGGAGUGCUUCAGCCGCGCCCGCGAGUACCAGCUCAACGACUCAGCGCAGUACUACCUAGACAGCCUAGAUCGGAUUGGUGCACCAGACUACCAGCCGACAGAGCAGGACAUUCUGAGGACCAGAGUGAAGACCACGGGCAUCGUCGAGACACACUUCACCUUCAAAAACCUUCACUUCAGGCUGUUUGAUGUGGGAGGUCAGCGGUCAGAGAGGAAGAAGUGGAUCCACUGUUUUGAGGAUGUCACAGCCAUCAUUUUCUGUGUGGCACUCAGCGGAUACGACCAGGUGCUGCAUGAGGACGAGACCACGAAUCGCAUGCACGAGUCUCUGAUGCUGUUCGACUCCAUCUGCAACAACAAGUUCUUCAUCGACACUUCCAUCAUCCUCUUCCUCAACAAGAAGGAUCUGUUUGCGGAGAAGAUCAAGAAGUCUGCGCUCAGCAUCUGCUUCCCCGAGUACACGGGACCUAACACCUACGACGACGCAGCAGCUUACAUCCAAGCACAGUUCGAGAGCAAGAAUCGCUCCCCAAACAAGGAAAUCUACUGUCACAUGACCUGCGCCACGGAUACAGGAAACAUCCAGGUGGUGUUUGACGCCGUGACCGACAUCAUCAUUGCCAACAACCUCCGAGGGUGUGGCUUGUACUAAGCACAGCCCGUAAUGUCUUCCCCCUUUGUCCCCCCACCCCCUCCCAAAACCCCACCCUCUCACCCGCCCCCUACCUGGCCCCUCCCUCCUCGCUCCCGUUCCUUUGACACUGCUGUGGAAAUGAUGAUGAUGAUGACGAUUCAGCUGAUUAUUUAAAGAAAAAAAAGAAAGAAAAAAAAUGCAACUAGGUACAUAUUAAUAAUGAGGAUAAUUUAAAAAAAAAAAAGAAUAGGCAUACGUAUAUAUAAAUAUAUAUAUAUAAUGUUUUUAGUUCUCGUCUCUUUUGUUCUCUCUCCUCCUCCUGAUGUUCUUUGGCCUGCUGCUGCCGAGCAAACACGUUUGUUUUAGUAGAAAAAAACCUGAGACCCUGCAGCCUUGAAAACUUCUUGAACAAAGUCGAUGAAAGCCUCCAUUUUUCUCUUUCUCUCUUUCUCUUCCUCUCUCUCUCUAUCGUUGUCUUUCGUUGGUAAACUUGUACCUUUUGUUUUUCCACCAUUACUAUGAAUAUGACUUUUUUGUUUUGAUUUCUUUUGUCGAUCGUGUGUAUAUUUAUUACAUGAGUGUCGGUCCGUACACUGAUUCUUUGUUUUGCCUCACCUUUAGCACAUGUACGUGUGCUGUUUCCUUUUUUCUGUUUGUUCUUUUGCUAUAGUAGUGAUUAUGUAAUGACUAGUUUUUGCGGAAAAAUGUUGAUAGCACUAAAAGAAAAAAGAAAAAAAAGACAUAAAAAAAUGCAGGUCAGCCAAAACCUCAGAAAACACCUCUUGAGACCUGCUGAAACUGACACUGCUCAUUUUGUUUACAUUAGCCAAAAUAUUUUAAUUUUUAAUUUUUCCUUUUUUUUUUUUUUUUUGGAUUAACUUGUAUUGUUUUAUUCCCUUUUUUUAUUUUUUGAGACUUGGUUUUCAUCGGCAGGAAGUGAGGCUUCCUGUUUCCCACGCCCGUCCUUCAGUCAUGGCUGACACUCGGAAGCCGAUAGGAAAAAUGUGCUAAAUGUCCUAAAAUCAGUGCCAUGUAACACGGGUACUGUUCUGUAGAUAGCUACGCUUUUAGAAGCAAGUACACCACGUUUUAACUCUACCUUUCCUCACCGUUAUAACCCGUUAGACCCACUAACAUCCUCCAUGUAAGGAAACUCCCCCCUCAGUUUGAUAAAGGACUGAUUAAUUUAUUAAUUUAUUUAUUGAUCGAUUGCCUCUCUGUCUCUCUUUCAUUUACUCAUGACUUUUUUUCUUUCUCUCAUCCGUCCAUCUUCUCCGUUUUGGCCUUGUUUUUUUUCGCAUGACACCCAGAUUUUGUGGGUGAAAACCCCUCCCACUCCCACCCUCCUCCUCCUCCUCCUCCUCCUCUUCCUCUUCUUCCUCCUCCUCCUUACCCUCUGACACAGAUAGCAUGAGAUCCUAAAGCCUUUGUACAAAGAGACCAGUUUGAAAAAAAGCAAAAAAAAAAAAAGCUUGACGUCGAUACUGUUCAGACAACGAUUUACAAAACAACAAUUUUAAUAAAAAUGGCAAAACAUAUAUGUAUAAAAAAGGUAAAAAAAAGAAAGAAACAAUAGCAGCAAACCCCGACAAGAGAGGAGGCGACCGGUUCCUGAAGUGGAGGGGACGGGUUCAAAUAUUAGAGAAGAAAAAUAAUAAUAACAAUAACAAUAAAAAUAAUAAUAAUAAUAAGAGUUUGUUUCAGUGGGUUAAAAACGUCAUGUGAAAGACGGAGAGUAGAUAUUGGGAGAUAGUGACAUGUGGGGAUUUUAAGUUGAAAAAGUCAUUGUUAUUACGAUGAUGCUGAUCAUGAACCUUGUUUUUUUCUUCUUUUUAUGUCCCUUUUAAAAAAUGUGUUGACCUUUUGGCCCCGCCCUCUUCUCUCCUUUUGAACCGUCAUGCCUGUUUGUUUCCCUGCAUUAGAACCAUGUCCUCACUUUAGCCUGACUCAGAACAAUUAAAUAUGAUACAACAACAAUAUCUAUUUUUUAUUAUUUCUGGGGGGGGGAAUAAACCAUUCUUUUCUUUUUAUCAGAGGGAAGAGCACGUUUUUGGCUGCGUUUGUUAGUUAGGGGGACGCCGCAUGUUCACACAUCAAUGCUGUAUAAAGUCAUGCUCCUUUCUUCUCCUCCUCCUCCUCCUUCUUCUUCUUCUUCUUCUUCUUCUUCUCUGUCUCUCUCUUUUCAGUUUGACACACACCUUCCAGGUCUACAAUGAAAAGCACAGUUCUCACAUCACACACACACACAAACACACACAUAAUACACACAAUAAGUAGAUUUGGAAAUCUGUUCUCGACUCAUUCCUCAUCUCUGUUUGACCCCGUCAUCAGUCUAUUUAUCCACAUGACGAUAUAAACCACUCUUUCUUGCCUUGUUGAUUUCUAGUUUUUAAAAAAAGAAAAAGAAAAUGGCUGUGUAUAAUAACAUGAUAUACCUGUUUAUGGCAUUCUGUUCCUGUUCAUGAUUAUUUUUUUAAUCCACCUCCUUUAUGUUCUGUUUUUUUUACCCAGUGAAUGCUUUUUUUUCUGUGCCGCUUCCUCUCUCUCUCUCUCUCUCUCCCUCUCUCUCUCCCUCUUCUCCUCUUUAGUGAAUGGUUGUUAUUUCAUGUGGGAUGUCCGUGCUGGAAAAACCAAUCGAAUGUAGUGUUUACAUUAAAAAGCCACUGUUUUCAUGACUACAAA